UGAUUGACCUGAACGGCAAGGUCGCGGUGGGGAAAGUUAAAAGUUGCUCGUAAAUCUUCCUCCAGGCAGGUUCCUAGCGGCGCGCCACAGCAGCAACGACGAUAACCGUACGUGCCCAUUCCGCUUCCUUCGUAGAUCGAGGAAUUCAUUCGCUUUGUACCCCCAACAGUCGGAAGCCGGACACCGUCUCGCCACCGUCCACACAGCAUCGAUUGAAAACUGCUAGGGAAAUGUUACGAACAAUCAUCGUACGAAACGAGAAUCUCCUGCUGCAGGGAUCGGUACGCCAGGUCCUCAAGGGGACGGCAGUCCGUGCCCUCAGCAGCGAGUGUGCCAAACGAUCUGCAACCGCCGGACAGCAUCGCAGAAAUUCGCACAAUCUGUCCAACAACCUCAAACCGGUGGCAUGGAGAGUGAAUUUCGUCCGCGGAUACUGCAGCGGGUUUCCGGCACACUCAAAGGUCCUUCUGCCGGCCCUCUCGCCCACCAUGGAGCUCGGAACGAUUGUUAGCUGGGAGAAGAAGGAGGGCGACAAGCUGAAUGAAGGUGAUCUGCUGGCGGAAAUCGAAACCGAUAAGGCGACGAUGGGUUUCGAAACGCCCGAGGAAGGAUACCUGGCCAAGAUUCUGAUCCCCGCCGGCCAAAAGGAUGUCCCGAUCGGCAAGCUGGUGUGCAUUAUCGUGGAAAACGAGGCGGACGUCGCGGCCUUCAAAGACUACAAGGAUACGGGUGCUGCUGCGGCACCGGCAGCCGCCGCCGCUCCAGCUCCGGCCGCACCAGCUGCUGCCCCUCCGGCGCCAACACCACCACCGGUGGCCGCCGCACCACCACCACCGCCAGUGUCCGCCGGCCCGAUGACGGCCGUCGAGCAGCGUGGACCGCGCGUUUACGCCAGUCCAAUGGCCAAGCGGCUGGCCGAACAGCAACGUCUCCGAUUGGACGGUAAAGGAUCGGGCAUGUUUGGUUCACUAACGUCUAAGGAUCUUGCAGGUCUGCAGGCAGCCGGAGCGGGAGCAGCUGCAGCAUCAGCUCCAUCGGCGGCUAGGCCGUCCGUGCCGGCAGGCGCUGCCUUUGUCGACAUCCCGGUGUCCAACAUUCGUGGCUUGAUCGCGAAGCGACUGCUCGAAUCGAAGACCACCAUUCCACACUACUAUCUGACGGUGGACGUUAACAUGGACAAGAUCAACAAGCUGCGUGCCCGCUUCAACAAGCAGCUCGAGAAGGAGGGCGUCAAGCUGUCGAUCAACGAUUUCAUCAUCAAGGCAGCGGCGAUGGCGUGCAAGAAGGUACCGGAGGCGAACUCCGCCUGGAUGGACACCAUCAUCCGGCAGUUCGAUGCGGUCGACGUGUCGGUCGCCGUGUCGACGGACCGUGGACUCAUCACGCCAAUCGUGUUCUCCGCGGACCGCAAGGGCAUUGCCGACAUCAGCAAGGAUGUGAAGAAUCUGGCAGCGAAGGCCCGCGAGGGUAAGCUGCAGCCACAGGAGUUCCAGGGUGGCACCUUCAGCGUGUCCAACUUGGGCAUGUUCGGCGUGACGCACUUCUGUGCCAUCAUCAACCCACCACAGUCGUGUAUUCUGGCCGUCGGUGGCACCCAGAAGCGCCUCGUCGCGGACAAGGAUUCAGAGGCGGGGUUCAAGGAAAGCGAUUUCGUAUCGGUAACGCUCAGCUGUGACCAUCGUACGGUCGACGGAGCCGUCGGAGCCCGCUGGUUGCAGUACUUCCGCCAGUUCCUGGAGGAUCCCAACUCGAUGCUGCUGUAAAGUGUUGCUGUAAACAAAUAUACUUCACUUUGGCCGGACACGCCUUACCACUCAUAACGAAACGAAAGUACAUCCUAGAGGCGCUAGAAGAGAGAACGUAAGAUAAACAAUAGCAGAAUACAGAGAAAGAGUAGAGCAAAUGUUCAUACAGGUCAAGCAGAAAAAGAAAGUGUUAAGAAAAUAGAUUUCGCACCACGUUGUACGAAGGCCUUCUUACCGCGCGCUUGGACAGGAUCCUACAGGAUGAGCUGGUUGGCCAGCGCUUCGGACUGAUUUCCCUCCCUUUGCCAUAGUUAAAGCCCCCCCUCCAGGCACUUGUAACAAUAAUAGUAUAUAAAGCAUCCCUCGCAGUAAGACAUUGCCCAGUAACGAAGGGAUUAGGAACUUGCUGUAGCUGUCGAGAAAUGGAGGACACACAAUACCUGUUUCAUAGUGUAGGCAUUACGCAGUAGGGACCCCACAAAGUCCCGCUGUUGUACAAUAGACAAGAUUACACCUGUUUUUUUGGUGGGAGGGAAACAAGACGAUAAGGCGACUGAGACGAAACCUGAAAACCCCUGCGCAGUAAAAACACGGUCCCCGGGAAGCCGCCCUACUUCCUCGCGAACCUUCUUUACUCUCUCGUCAUUUGCGCACUUUACUUCGUGAUUUGGAAAACAAAACUCCAUGUAACCAUCUUCCUUUAGUGUGCUGCACGGAAAUCAAAAAAAGACACAUGAACCCCCACGAUGGUGUUGCGGUUGGAAAGUUGAAAACAAACUGGAACUGGUCAAAUUGAUGAACACUUGUUGAACAAGAUCUUAUUGUAUAGUAUCGUUUACUGCGCUAUUAUUAUUUUUAAAACAUCGGGAAAUAAAUCAAAUUUAUUUAUUGGUUACCGUGGUUCGUCCGGGCGCUUUGUAUGGAAAUUAAA